GUGACCGCCGCCGCCGCCAUUGUGCGGCGCUGUACCCCUCGAAGGGUGCUUCCUAGCCGAGUACCUGGGGCUCUUGGCCUUGCUUCUCGCUGUCUUGUUCGGGAAUCCCGGCGGGUCCGGGACUCCCAUCUGUGCCGGUGCGGGCGCCGGCAUGUGGCUGUGGGAGGAACAGGGGGGCCUUUUGGGCCCCUUCUCCUUCAUACUACUGCUGCUACUGCUGGUGACACGCAGCCCCUUCAAUGCCUGCCUCUUCACCGGCAGCCUCUACCUCCUGCUGCGCUUCUUCAGCUUUGAGCCUUUGCCCUCCCGCAGGGCCUUGCAGGUGCUCAAGCCAAGGGACCGCGUUUCCGCCAUCGCCCACCGCGGCGGCAGCCACGACGCGCCGGAGAACACGCUGGCUGCUAUUCGACAGGCAGCUAAGAAUGGAGCAACAGGUGUGGAGUUGGACAUUGAGUUUACUUCUGAUGGGAUUCCUGUCUUAAUGCACGAUAACACAGUAGAUAGGACAACAGAUGGCACUGGUCGAUUGUGUGAUUUGACAUUUGAACAAAUUAGGAAGCUUAAUCCUGCAGCAAAUCACAGAUUAAGGAAUGAUUUCCGUAAUGAAAAAAUCCCUACCCUGAGAGAAGCGGUUGCAGAGUCCUUAAAUCAUAACCUCACAAUCUUCUUUGAUGUCAAGGGCCAUGCAAACAAGGCUACUGAUGCUCUAAAGAAAAUGUACAUGGAGUUCCCUCAACUAUACAAUAAUAGUAUGGUCUGCUCUUUCUUGCCAGAAGUUAUUUAUAAGAUGAGACAAACAGAUCAGAAUGUAGUAACGGCUUUAACGCACAGACCGUGGAGCCUUAGCCAUACAGGAGAUGGGAAACCACGCUAUGAUGCUUUCUGGAAACAGUUUUUGUUCGUGGUCCUAGAUAUUUUGCUCGAUUGGAGCAUGCACAAUAUCUUGUGGUACCUAUGUGGAAUUUCAGCUUUUCUCAUACAAAAGGAUUUUGUAUCCCCGAACUACCUAAAGAAAUGGUCAGCUAAAGGCAUUCAGGUUGUUGGUUGGACUGUUAAUACCUUUGAUGAAAAAAGUUACUACGAAUCCUAUCUUGGUUCCAGCUAUGUCACUGACAGCAUGUUAGAAGACUGUGCACCUCAUUUUUAGACUGUUCCCCAGGGAGGAAACCAUGGGUACAGAGACUGCCUGCUGGCCUCGUGCAGGGAUAUUGAGAAACCCUUUGUGCUAGGCCAAGCUAUGGGGGAUCAGGCAGCCAGCCAAGCAGUAGUUGGUAAUCGCAUUUUUACCUGAACCAAAGCAAAACCUGGUGUUGCCACUGUGCUCCGUGGAAUACCUGUCUGAGUUAAAUAAUGUUGCUCUUGAAAAUCUGGGUCUGCAAAAAGGCACAACAGCUCCUGCCCAGACCUAGUUGAGGCAUACACCAAGACCCAGUGAGGAUAAGCACAAAUUGAGUAGCACAGUUUGGGGUGCAAAUGCAGAUGCAUGGGAAAUGCAUGACCAUUCAAAGUUGACAUUUUAAAAUUUGACACACUUAGGUAAUUUACUUAUUUAAAACAUUUGCAUUCAGAUACAUUAUCAAUGUACUGUAGACAUCAAACUUGUGAUCAUACUAUUAAAAUCAUUAAAAGGAACACAAAGGGAAAACUGAGUAUCAAGUAUAUCAUAAAGGAGCUGAAGUUGCUCUCAAUAAUCCAGUGACCAGGGGCAGUAGCCUCAGUGUGCUUUAUAGGGGAGGGAAUUAAGGAUUGACAUCAGCCCCAGGAAAAGUUUAUGGUACGUGUCUUGAAAUAGGAACUAUAGGCCACUAGGGAGCAGAGUUGCACACUUCAAACUGCUCUACAACUGAUGAGGCAGUUCAAGGACAUUUAGGCUUAUUUUACAUGAGAAAACUAAACCGUGGAAGGGAAGGGUCUUCCUCAGAUAUGACACAGCUGUGACUGACACAGCCUGGUCUUAUUUAGCAGACAUGGGAGGGGCAGGGUACCAAGUACGACCAAGUAUGUGGUGGUUUAACACAAUUGUCUCACAAAAAUCUUAGAGGUAUUUGCAUUUUACUGAUGAGGAAGCUGAGGCACUGCAAAGUCACUCAAGGUCUCAGAUUUCUUGGUGCAAUUGGGAUUCAAGUCCAGGUUGGUUUGACUUGGAGCUGCUUGUAACACCCCCAUCCCCACACCCCACUGUCUACCUUUAUAAAGCUCUUGAUUCCCAGCUCCUUCCCACAUGGCAGAGGGUCUCACUGUGAACUUAAAUAGCAAUAUUUAAAAUGAAGUUGAGUCUUUAAGAAAUCGCAGAGCUGUGUUUCUCUUUUAGCUGCCGCAUUUCCCACCUUACAGCCCCACCUGUAUGUAGCUUUAAUCACCGGCCCCACAAGUUAGUCAUGAUUUCCCUCCUGAGUGCCGGUAGGUCACCAGUCACACUUGCGGCAGGCAGGCCACCGGUCCACACAGCUAGAUGGCAGUGAGAAGCAAAGGGAUUGUUGCUGCAGUUGGUGUUGGCAGUGGAAUAUAGAUGGGGCUUGGGAGAUUUUUCAGUCAACAUUUACAAAGAUUUUUCUUGAAUUUAAAAAUUAACAACAGGACAAAGAAUUUAUUCAAUAAAUAGAACAUGUCUAAACUG